CAAACUGUAGCACCCCGGUGCUCUGAAACAUGCUCCAAAGUGCAAAAAGAAGACUGAAAAUAAAAACGGCGAACAGUCUAAAUAGAAAUCGCUUUUGAACGUCAAUAUUCACAUUAGGUCAGUUCACAGCGUCAUGUGCGCCCACCGUGAAACCGGUGCAACACAUUGCCGCUGCGCGUGGCGCGCGUCAGUCCGGAGCUCUGAGGGGAGGAGCGAGCAGCGACACGACCGGGGCACAGCGCACCGACUCAUGCACGGGGGAGUUAGUAAAGUUGAAUCCGAAACCAACUGUUGACAACAUGUCCAGGCGCUUCGUGUAGACGUGCGGGAUUUAACUUUUAGCGCCAAUUAAAGGUGUAAUCUUGAAUCUGCCGGAGGAGAAGAUCCAUCAUCAGCUCCACACAGCCGCGCGAGGAGGAGCAGCAGAGGCGCCGGUGGCUUUAGAGGACGCAAACUGACCUGUAUAGACACCAGUGGCUGGUGUUAAGGAUGAUUUUGUCCCAACAUCAGACCUGGAGGUAACCCCCACGUCGUCUGUGCUCUUGGCCCUCGUUCAUCUCAGAGAGGAGAUGGUCCACUGGACCACACACUGGGCGACAUGCGUCUGGCUCCAGACUCUCCUGGCCUUUGCCCUGGCCAACUGUCCCUCGCAGACGCCCAGCCCCGUCAACUUCUCCGUGGUGUACACCAUGCCUUUCUUCCAGGCCCGUGGCCCAAUCCAGAACAUCGUCAACAACUCAUUGUACCAGGAAGUGUACGUGGCCUCGAGGAAUGUGAUCGAAGCUGUCAACAGAAGCUUGGAGAAGGUGUGGGAGCUGCGCACCGGACCCGUGGGAAGCCCGGAGUGUCAAAUAUGUGAAAUGUGCGACAUCGACAAGGAUCGCAACUUUCCAGAGGACACAAACAAUCAAGUCUUACUUUUGGAUACUCUCUUUAUGUAUUUAUAUUCCUGUGGAAGUUCUCAGUACGGUGUGUGCUAUUUCCACCAGCUGAACUCAGAUGGAGAGCCACCUUCGCUUUCUAAGUGUUUGUUCAGAAAGGACUCAAACUCUGCUGCUUACUGUCCCGACUGUGUGGCCAGCCCUCUUGGGACCAAAGUAACCAUGGUCGAGGAGGGUCAGACUGUCUACUUCUUUGUUGCUACCACUGUAAAUGACAGCGUUACCCAGCGUUAUGGCAGGAAGUCUAUAUCAGUUCGUCGACCACUGGCCACAGAGGAUGGCUUCUACAGUGACGUGCGUGGCCUGACUGUCCGCCCCGAGCUGCGGAAAACGUACCACAUCGAAUAUGUCUACAGCUUUUUCACUCAGGAGUUUGUCUACUUCCUUUCAGUCCAGAGAGAGAGUCCAGAUCAGGACUCGUCCCCAUUUCAGACUCGCCUGGGACGUCUACCGCGAAAUGAGUGGGAGAUGAAGAGAUAUCGGGAGGUGAUAUUGGAGUGCCGCUUUGAACCGAAACGCAGGAGGAGGAACGUAGCGAGCGAGCCUUAUAAGGAUGUAGUGUACAAUGUGGUCCAGGCAGCCCAUUUUGGAAAGGCCGGCAGGGAGCUGGCAGAGGAGUUAGGGGCAGAGGAGGAGGAUGACAUCCUCUACGGAGUGUUCGCUGUUACUGAUGACAACGGGGUCACGGAGCAUGAUUCGGCCUUGUGUGCGUUCCCCAUGGACAAUGUGAACAAAGCGAUUGCUGACGGGGUGGACGAUUGCUGCGAGUCCGGUCCAGAGCAGCUCUCCAGAGGCCUCUGCCAUUUUCAGCCCUGUGAGAGCUGUCCACACGAGAGCAUGGAGAACAACGCCACAUGCAGGGACCAUCCUACCAUGGUGUCAAAGCCCUACUACAGAGUCGACCUCUUCAACAGACAGAUGACAAACGUCCUGCUCACCUCGCUCCUGGUCACAACCAUAGAGAACAAGACCGUCGCCCACAUCGGAACUUCGACUGGACGUCUCUUUCAGCUUGUAUUGACGAGAUCCAGCCCUGUCGUCUUUGCCAAUUACUCUUUGGUAGAAAACCAGAGUGUUUCGUCUAUUGCUGCUGUGUACUCUUCUGAGUAUCUCCUCUUUGUGGUUGGAGACAAGAUGAUUCAGGUUCCCCAGAGAGGGCCGGGUUGUCAACACUUCAUGACUUGUGCUAUGUGCCUGACAGCCCCAAAGUUCAUGGGUUGUGGCUGGUGCUCUGGGGUAUGCUCGUGGGAGAGUGAGUGCCACAGUCACUGGAGGAAUGAGUCCUGUCCGCCUGGGAUAACUGGGUUCUUCCCACGGACUGCUCCUCCUGAUGGUCAGACAGAGCUAACGGUCUGUGGAUGGGAGUUCCAGUCGCCCUUGAGGCCUGCUAUCUCUUCCCGGACCCACCAGAUCAAGCUGGGACAGACUGCUUGCACAGUGCUUCCAGUCAAAAGCAAUAACACACAUUUAGUUUGCAAGAUCCGCUCAGGGGUGACCGAGCUGUCCAAACCAGUCAACAUUACGGUGAAAGUGCGCGAGGACAAGGUGGACGGGCGCUACUCUAUUGAUGGGGAGGCAGAAAUACCAGGGUUCACGUUUGUGAUUCCCAACAUCACAGAAAUCCAGCCUAACUACGGCCCUCGUGUUGGGGGCACGCUCAUCACAGUGACUGGACCUCACCUGAAUGCGGGAAAUACCAGGAAGGUCACACUCAAUGACAUACUCUGCCCUAUAAAGAGAGAAACGGCGGGGCAAGGCAACAUGUCUUCCAUCAUCUGUCUGUCCCAGCCCAUCUCAGAGGUGAGGGACGUUCCUCUGAGUGUUUUCAUUGACAAGUCUCGUAUCCUCACGACAAAAGUGUUUUACUACAAAGAAGACCCCAAGGUUACAGCCGUCCUCCCUGACUGUAGCUUUGACAGGGGUUCAAAGAUCGUGAUUGAAGGGGAGAACCUGGAUUCUGUUUACCGCACCAUCAUCCGCUUUAAACCCAAUGAGAGUCACCUGAAACCUGUGACAAGGGAGUGCAUUGGCAAGUCCUUGUCCACGAGGAUGGUGUGUAUCACUCCUGUGUUCCACAGAGAUGAGACGGAGGAAGGAGAGCUCUCGUUUGACAUGGAUGGUGCGCUGGGCCUUUGGAACAAAGAGUUCUCCUAUCACCCCUACGGCAAGCCCAUACCUUUUGAAACAGAGGGGCAUGUGCUAAGUUUGUACCCUGGAUUUGAUGAAGUGUCACUGCAUCAUCAAAAGCUGAAUCUGGUGAGCUCCUGUAUGACCAUCAUCAUGACAGUGGCCGACGUUGAUUGUGAUGCUAAAGUACUGGAUAAUGAGAUAACCUGCAGGAUCCCCAAAAACAUGACCAUUCCCAGUGAGGGACUGCCAGUGAAGAUCUCCAUCAACGGGCAGGUCCACCACGUUGGCACCGUGGUGAGGGUCAGCAACCACUACAUGGUGGGGAUUGUUCUGGGGAUCCUGGCGGCUCUGGUGGCAGGGGCCGUGCUGGCCUUUGUCGUCAUGAAACACUUGAGGAAGAAGAAGAAAGCCUCCAUGGUAGAGAUGCGUUUGGCCCACGGUGCUAACCGCCCUGGUACAAAUAAUGUGGAGCUGUCGCCUGCUGGAGACUACAGAAGAGUAGUGUCAUUGAGUCCUCCCACUCCCCUGGUUGGGCCUGUGGCGUUCCCUAGUAUGGCCUACAAUGCAUGCAGCAUAGAUCCCACCCUCACCCCCCUCAUGCCUGCAGAAAAGAUCUCCAUCUCCAGUUUUAGGCCAGAGCUGCUGGAAGAGGUGAAGGACGUUCUUAUUCCUGCUGAGAUGCUGAUUGUGCAGCACCACCGUAUCAUAGGGAAGGGCCAUUUUGGAACUGUCUAUCAUGGCUACUUCACAGAUGCCAACAACAGAGAAAUCCACUGUGCUGUCAAGUCUUUGAAUAGAAUAACAGACGUUGAAGAGGUCGAGCAGUUUUUGAAGGAAGGCAUCAUAAUGAAGGGUUUCCACCACAGCAAUGUGCUGUCCCUGCUGGGCAUCCUCCUGCCGCAGGAAGGGCUCCCUCUAGUGGUGCUGCCCUACAUGAAACACGGUGACCUGCGGCACUUCAUACGCUGCGAGAAGAGGAACCCCACUGUGAAGGAUCUGAUUGGCUUCGGGCUGCAGGUUGCCAAGGGGAUGGAGUAUUUGGCUCAGAAGAAGUUUGUGCACAGAGAUCUUGCAGCGCGCAAUUGCAUGCUGGAUGAGUCAUAUACGGUGAAGGUGGCGGACUUUGGCAUGGCCAGAGAUGUUUUUGACAAGGAGUAUUACAGUGUGCAAGACCACAGGAAAGCCAAACUGCCUGUGAAGUGGAUGGCCAUCGAGAGUCUGCAAACACAGAAGUUUACCUCCAAGUCAGAUGUGUGGUCCUUUGGUGUCCUCAUGUGGGAGAUGCUAACCAGAGGAGCAAGCCCAUACCCCGAGGUGGACCCAUAUGACAUAACACAUUAUUUACUGAAGGGCAGGAGGCUUCCACAGCCACAGUACUGCCCCGACCCUUUGUAUAGGAUUAUGCUCCAGUGCUGGGACCCUGACCCAGAGCUGAGGCCCAGCUUUGCUACACUGGUGUCCGCCGUCGCCACCAUCCUGUCAGGUCUGGAGGGAGAACACUACAUCAGCCUGAACAUCACCUACGUGAACCUGGACCAGCCCCGGCCCUACCCCGCCCUCACUGAGUCCGCUGAUGAGUAUGACUCCACAGAUAUCGAAGACUCCGGCUCAAUCUCCUCCUGAUCCGUUUCUCCUCCUCUCAAAAUUGAACUGGUAUUGGUGCUAAAGGCAUGAGCACAAGGAAACCUCACCGCUAUGUCACACCAGCGUCUUUUACCUCACAGGGUGUGAACUAGAGAUACUGCAUAUUAUUUUAGUCUUUGAAAGUGAUAAUAAUAUUGUUUUACUUGUCAUAGCCAAGAGGGCCCAAGUAUGGAAGAUCUCAGGACCAGCGAGCCAAGGGGAGGAGAGGAGCCUGAAAAAAAAGAAUAAACCAAAUAUGAUUUCUUGUAGUGCAUUAUCAUAUAUAAUAAACCACAUAAAAGUGUACAUACAUGUAUGGUAGAAAGGGAAGGAACAUGUGGAGGCUCUGAGGUCCACCAGACAUGGACCCCUUUCACAUACCACGCUCCAUUGCAGCCAUGUUGGAUGGAAGCAGUUAAUUUAUCAAAAGUAUUUAAUACACUUUUUCCUUUUUGGUAACGGAAAAUAUCCUGUAUAUGUUUUGUAGCAGGAGGAGCUUGAUAACUAGCCAAAGAGAACAUGUCUUCUUGUUUCAUCGGAAGCUAGCUAUUUUUACAUCGAUCUUGUUAAAUCUACAGGUACAUCUCAAAAAAAUUUGAAUAUCGUGAAAGUUCAAGUUCAAUGUUUUUUGUCAAUCACUUCAGAAAGUGAAACUCACAUAUUAUCUCGAUUCAUUAUCCACAUAGAGUGAGAUAUUUAAAGUCUUUAUUUCUUAUGAUUUUCAUGAACAUGGCUUACAGAUAAUGGAAACCCAAAACUCAGUGUCGUAAAAAUAUACCUAAAUAUUUUAAACACAAGUGUCAGGCUACUGAAAAGUAUGUUCAUUUUUAUGCAGUCAAUACUCGGUUGGGCCUCCUUUUGUAUGAAUGUUGUAUGUUUUGUAUGAAUUACUACACUUAUCAGUGUAAUGGAAGCCCAGGUUGCUUUGAUAGCAGCCUUCAGGUCAUCUGUAUUGUAGGGUCUGGUGUCUCUAACCUUCCUCUUGACAAUAGCGUAUAGAUUCUCUAUGGGCUUAAAGUCAGGUGAGUUUACCAGCCAGUCAAGCACAGUAAUGGUCACUGAACCAGCUGUUGAAACCAGCAUCUCCUUAAACCCUGUCAGCAGAAGGAAGCAUGAAGUGCUCUAAACUUUCCUGGCAGAUGGUUACGUUGACUGUGGACUUCAGAAAACACAAUGGACCAACACCAGCAGAUGACACGGUACCACAAAUAAACACUGGCUGCGGAAACUUCACACUGGACCUCAGGCAAAGUGGUUUCUGUGCUUCUCCGGUCUUCCUCCAGACUCCGGGACCUUGAUUUCCAAAUGACAAAAUUUACUUUCAUGUGAAAAGAAGACAUUGGACCACUGAGCAACAGUCCAGUUCUUUUUAUCCUCAGUCCAGGUUAGACCCUUCUGACGUUGUCUCUGGUUCAGGAGUGGCUUGACUUGAGGAAUGUGACAUUCAUAGGCCAUAAGAUUGUUGAAUGGAUUUCUCUUGACAAUCUUCUCAAGGAUGCGGUUUUUUUUCCCCUGUUGCUGGCGCACCUUUCCUUAACACUUUUUCCUCACACUUAACCUUCUAUGAAUAUGCUUGGAUACAGCUUGGUUACAGCACUACCAGCGUCUUUAGCAAAGUCUUUUUGUGGCUUUCCCUCCUUAUGGAACGUGUCAGUGACUGUCUUCUGGACAUCUCCCAAGUCAACAGUCUUCCCCAUGAUUGUGUAGCCUACUGCUCCACAUUGAGAGACCAUUUAAAAGAUCAGGAAACUUUUCAGGGUGUUUGGAGUUAAUUCGUUGAUUGGGUGUGACACCAUGACUUUCCAAUAUUGAACUUUUUCAUAAUUUUUUGAGACAUUGAAUUUUGGGUUUUCAUUAUCUGUAAGCCAUAAUCAUGAAAAUUACAAAAAAAAUAAAUAAAUAAAGGCUUGAAAUAUUUCACUCUAUGUGUAAUGAAUCUAGAUAAUAUAUGAGUUUUACAUUCUGAAGUGAUUGACAAAAAAUAUUGAACCUUUUCACCAUAUUCUAAUUUUUUGAGAUGUACCUGUACACGGUUGACAAAGGUCAAAGCAGGUGUUCAAAUAAAACUAGAGGCUUAGACUGUUGUUCAGUUUGUUUGUUUUUCUGCUCCAAAGCCAGAUGUUUCAAGUGAAAUCCAGUGGGUGGCACACUUACUUUUACAUUUACCUUUUUUUUUUUUUUUUUUUUUUGUACUACCUACAACUUACUGUAUGUAAUGUACUGUUACAUUAGCUUAGCCAGAGUGUAUAUGUAUCUGUUUAUGGUAUCACAUUCCCACAUUUUGCUUUUAAUUGUUUUGGAGUGAUUGUUCUGUAUAUUUGGGAUCAAACUUCUAUGAGGCUAAAUGUUGAAGAAAUCAUAUGUCACCCGUUGCUUGUAUUACUGACAAAUGUCUUUACGAUAGUGUAAUUAAAUAUUUAUUUGUUUAUA